ACUCGGUGCAAGGGAGCUGAGGACUAGCCAUGAGAUUCUCGAUCUGUAAAUAAUAAUAAUAAUAGAGAUGGUAACUCAUUAUGAAUGAAAUAAAUAAUUUAAGCUUAGGUAAUAGGUAAUUAUUUAACAACAUUUUGGGCCGAGCCCUCGAAUUGAUUGCCGAUGAAUUGCAUUCCACCUCUUCCGCUCCAUUGAGCUUAACUAACAUAACUUUUGAUCCUGAAGAUCAACGCCACCCAUUGUAUUCGCAAUGGAUGAUUUUAUUCAAAAUGCUUGGUAAUUUUUCUGGUGAUAGUAAUAACCAUCCCCAAUUACAGAAAAAAAAAUCAGAUUUUUUAGUAGCGUAGUUAUUUUUAUAAAAAUAAAAACAUUUUUUACUUCCUCGCGUCCACCCCACAUCAGAUUUCUGUGUGCCUGCCUUUGUCUUAAAAAAAUAACACGUGAAUUUGACGUUGACAGUUCAAGUGACAGUGACAUUUGUCUUGUCAUGGGGCACAUAACCUUUUGUGCUUUCAUCUGGUUAACCGUUUCCUCUGUUUUUCUGCGAAUUUUACGACUGUAUUCUUGACCCGGACCUCUGACUGUGGCUGCCUCAACGACGACCUUCGCUUUUGUACCCCGGACCUGAUCUCGAUACCUACUACGACGACCACUGCUCAACUAUUUGUGCUGUUUUAGACCUGUUUGGUCAUCACCAUGAAUAGAGAAACAUAUCAGCGAUACAGGGAGCCUAAACCGUGUUUUAUACCAACAUGCCCUAGGACUGAUAAAAAAAACCCGGGCCUUAAGUUCUUUGCUAUUAGAAAAGAGCUGAAAGAACGUUGGUGUCAAUUGGUUGGAAGAAAUUGUCCGAAACGAGACCUGUAUUGUUGUGAAGAACACUUAAACGUAAGUUACUUUGUCUAACAUACAAAAAAAAAUUGAGUGGUCUUUUGUUUGUUUUGUCGUACCUAGUUACAUGCUUUUAUUUGGGUAGUAAUAAAACCUCCGAAAGAAAACUAACCUAACCUAACCUACUAAAACUAAACGUACUUACUGAAAUACUAAAUUUCCGAAUGUGCCUGGGCGACUAGUGACUAGUCGCCCAUUUUAGUCGGAGGUUUAGUUUUUCGUUUGGAAGGUUUAUUAUUUUUCCUUUUAUUUUGUUCACAUGUCCCGGUGUCUAAUCAAAUCUUGGAAGUUAAAUUUGUCUGAUUUGAAGUUGCAUAUGUACAAUAUCGAUUGACAAUGCAAUAUUAUGAUGACAUGGAACUGAUCUGUGCUGGAGUUGGAAGGUGGCCAAAAAAAUAACUCGACACUAUCAAGAUUGGGCUUGUUUAGUUCGUACUGAUAAGCAGUUAGAAACUAUACAGUCGAGGUCAUAAAUAUGUUUACACAUUUUUACCUAGUCGAAUGCGUUUGCAUACUAAUUGUUAGCGACCGCAUUCGAGUAGGUAAAAAAGUGUAAACAUAUUUAUGACCUCGACUGUACAAAGAUAAGUACAGUCGGUAUCGGUAUAAAAGCUUGUCUCAAAAAUUAUUUAUAGAAAACAAUUUUGGACAGUCACAUUUAAACUUAAACAGUCAAUUUGUUUUAAUUAUAUGGUAGUAUAUAUAUAUGUGGUAGUAUAUAUGAAUAUUAUCCUCCUACUUUUACAACACUGUUCUUUAAAAUCUUAUAAAAAAUUAAAAUAUGUUGCGCAAGGAAGCUGCCAGCUGCUCGGUCACCUGUGGAGUCGACUAGCCUUUUUGAAAUCUCCUUAAAUGAAUGAUAUAAAACUACCAACCUUUUUCAUACUUACAGGUUGAAGAAGAUUUGGAAAAUUAUGAACAAUGGACAUCUGGUGCAAAGCCAAGAUUAAAGAUGAGUGCCACACUCAAGAAUUUUUCAAAAAAUCCAUUGACGGCAAAUGUCAAUAUAAUGAAUACUGAAGAUAUCAGUCGGCCAUCAACUUCAAGUGGUGAUGGGAUACGAAUCCCUCACAAUAUUGAUGUAGCUGUCCAGUGUGAAAAAAAAAUGGGUGUUUCAAAUAAGUCCAUCAUGGCCCAGCCUCAGACUCAAGACAGGGAUACACAAAUUCGUGGACGAAUAGUAAAAAAAAAGUGUUGCCAUCAAGUAAGAUGUAUAUAUCUAGCAGUGAGGACAGUCCCAAUCAAUCACCAUCGCUAUUUGGAACCUCUAACUUCGACUCAUCUUCCAGUGCACAACAAGAUACUGAGAAAAGCGUCAGGGAGCAUAUGCUGAAAAUUAUAAGAAAAAAGCCAAAACUGUUUUUAGGAUUGCCUAAAAGUUUUUGGUGGAUCAUCAACUUCUUAGCUCAAGACUGUCGUUGUGUGGCACUUCAUGUAAUUAUAACAUUAUUCAAAUUAAAAAACAAUGACUCGUUUGCCAGAAUGAGUGAACAAUUUGAAAUGGCCAGAUCGACUAUCCGACUGGCAUUUGAAAAAAAUGUAGCUACUUUGUCAACUUACUUUCAAAAUUGUAUAUAUUUGCCACCGCUUGCACAUAUUAAGAAAAAUUUGCCUUUGGCAUUCAAAAUCAGAUACUUCAAUGUCCAGUGUAUUAUUGACUGUUUUGAAAUUCAAAUUGAAAAAGCACGGGAUCCAGAUAAACAAGCGGGGACAUGGUCCCAAUACAAGUCAUGUAACACAAUGAAAUAUUUAAUUGGAUGUACACCAGCUGGAUACAUAGCAUUUCUUUCAAAGGGUUAUGGGGGAAGAACAUCUGACAAAGCGAUCACAGAGAAAAGUAAUUUUAUUGAUGUUAUUCCUCUUAACGCAGUAGUUAUGGCUGAUCGAGGGUUUAAGGAGAUUGAAUCAUUGUUAAGCGUCAAAAAUGCAAAACUGUUAAGACCCCCAAGUGUGUAUGCAAAUAAAAAGAUGACAAAACAAGAAGUUUUAGAAACCAAGGUAAUAGCUAGUCUGCGGGUGCAUGUAGAAAGAGUUAUAAGACGAGUAAGAGAAUUUCAUAUGUUAAAACCUCAUGCUGUUGUAAAUAGCAAACACAUUAAGUAUUUGGACGACCUGGUGAUAAUAGCUUGUGGAUUAAUAAAUCUGCAGAACCCAAUAAUAAAAGACUGCUGAUUA